CUUUAGAAAAGGCAGACACGAUACCGAAGUUUCGUGUUAUCUUGUUUGUUUUUUCAGCUUGAUCGCCGUUUCUGAACAACGGGGGAAAUGUGGUCCAGAACUGUGUAAUAAAGCUGGCAGUGAGAACACGUAUGUUCCACUUGGCCAAGGUGAGCGCAACGCAUUGGUUAGUUUACCCAAGAGAACAUAACGUUUGAAUCAGGCAGCGGCGUAUGAACCGGCGACAUUUGAAGCGAAUGGAUGAAUAUGCCAAAUAUGGGUGACACGCACGAGCGAAUACCGCUCAAUUACUCGGCUCUGUACUAACUUUAGCUGUUGAUUAAGCAGAUGGCUGCUGGACGAUGUAAAGGGUAAUUUCUAGUGCGUUAGCUUUUAUAAUAAAUGCGCAACCUCCGCGAGGCUGUUUUGUAUAUGUUUGAGUAAGUUAGGCACGAUUUAUGAACAAAUUCGCCAAACUUGAUAUGUAGGCCUAACUUGAAUUCAAAAUACAAAAGGUUGUUUCAAGAAACAACAAAACAAAAGUACAAGAACACAAGGACUGUCAGGAUCAAGAAUUCAAUUUAGAACUUAGACGGCGGCUACCGGCUGCAAAACGUUUUAAGUCUUAAAGUAAACUUAGAUCUAGCCAAUAAUCCUAGCAAAGUGUCGCAAUCUGUCAACGGGAAAGGAGAAAGGCACCACUGCUGCUUGGUAGCUUCUUAGCACUGUGGAAAAUUGCUGAAUGCCGAUUUUGAUCCGAAAGCAUCGACCAGGUUAUAAAAGCAACAGGUCAGCCUUGGCCAUCACCAAAUUCCAUAUCAGAUUGAUUUCGCCAUGUACGAGUUUGAACAGGAUAGUUCUAUCGAAAAACGUAAAAGCGCUACAGUAAAAUUAACCACUUAUUCCGGUAGGGUAUAAUAAAUUAUUUGGUACUAGAGCAAGGAAACAGCCAUUUUUAGGAAGCGGCAUUUAAAUUUGCUGCCAAAAUACCAAUUGAUUUUUAACUUUUAAUGUGUAAGAAGUAAAAAUCUUGUGUUGAGUAAAAGUAUUUCUGUGAACCUUUGCAGUACAGAAAAGUGUUAAGUUCUGUAUUUUUCCUACCCUUUCACUUGGCAUAUGUUGCAUGCCUUGCGCAACAAGAAAUUCAUUUCCUGUUAUUUAAAAGCUGGUAAGUGAACUGCUGUUCUUUCAUGCAGACAGAUUUUCAGCAAUUCAAAUAAAAUAAAGAGUCAUGAUAAUGCAAUAGCCAAUUACUCUUAAUUUUGUUUUCUGUUUUGCUACUAGAAUUAUAAAACACAUUAAUUUUAAUUUUGUUACGGCACUGCAAUAUUAUAUCAACAUUACCUGCAAAAGUAUUGUGCAAUCUUAUGCAGAGUAUUUUUAUUUGUUGGCUCUACUUUAUUUGUAUUGUGUGUUGAACUAUUUUUGGAUAUCAAAUUUUUAUAAUAAUAAAUCUUGUGACGCAAAUUCUCAAAUUUCAAUUGACUAUAUAAUAUCUGAUUGUCUGCUUUUGUAAAUUAUGUAGUGAACAUUGUAUAGGCUUAUUGCACCAUAACAUGACAUUAUUGGUUUAAACUUUAAAGCAACUUCAUAAUUUAUACCUGGUUUACUUAUAUUUGCACAAUUGAAAUCCUUAUCAUCUUAUAUAUGCUUAAAUUGUGAAAGAUAAAACUAUUUGUAUUGACCAGGAGAAUUUUAAGCCAACCACUUGACUUUAUAUCUCAAAGGUUUGUAGGUAUAGUAUUAGGAUAAGCACUGAACAAGAACUGUUAGGUUUGUAACACCAGAGCAGUGGUUCAGCUCUGUUUUGCACUUUGUUCUGUGCGUGAAUGGAUAAAAAAGUCACAAAGCAUUGCCCAGAUUCUUUAGAUAUAAGCCAAGGCUCCAAUUUGUGGAUGAAUAUUCUGAGAACUGUUGAGAAAGACUUACGGAAUUUGCAUUUUGAGAGUAACCACACUUGUAUUUUGUUGUCAUCCUGCACAAAGAAAUAUUAUCUGCCAUCACCAACAGGCUUUAACAAAUCGAUUCCCAAUGCAUGGGUUCAAUGAGAGCAACUUUAUUCCGCUGAGGAACUCGGAGGGUUCACCAUCUUGCAAGAAGAAAAAUUUUCAAACAACAAACGAAGACGGCUCUGUGUCUCCACCUCAUGGUGGGAAGAAAAGAAGAGAGAAUAUAAGUUUAGGGAGAACAAGGAAGUUUGAUCGAUACGUUCGAUCUACCGCUUCCCCGUGGGUUACCAGGGAUUACCAUCCUGGGUUGGUGGGAUUCCAUGAAGAAAUUGAGGAUUUCUAUGAAUUUAUGCGGCCAACUGAAGAAGAACGACAAAUGCGCGAAUAUGUCAUCAAGUCAGUUGAAGAAGUUGUGUUGGAAUUAUGGCCGACUUGUAAGCUCGACGUUUUUGGAAGUUUUCGGACAGAUCUUUAUCUCCCUACAAGUGACAUUGACAUUGUGUUGUUCGGUGAAUGGGAACAUCUUCCUUUGUGGUCGCUCCAGAAAGCCCUCGUCAGCAAAGACAUUGUAGCUGAGGGGUCGGUCAAAGUCUUAGACCGUGCAGCUGUCCCUUUAAUAAAGUUCCAACACAAAGAAACUUUGGUUAAGGUUGAUAUAAGCUUCAAUAUACAAAGUGGUGUGCAGAGUGUAGAACUUAUUAAGGAUUUCAUGAAGAAAUAUCCAGCGCUACCUAAGCUUAUAUUUGUCCUCAAGCAAUUUCUGCUCGUUCGUGAGUUAAAUGAAGUGUGGACCGGUGGCCUUAGCUCAUAUUCUCUGAUAUUGAUGGCCAUCAGUUUUCUACAGACCCACCCGCGUAGUGACAGUCGAGAUAUAACGAACAAUCUUGGCGUGAUGUUGCUUGAGUUUCUCGAACUCUACGGCCGUCACUUUAACUACCAGUCUCUGUGUAUUUGUGUGAAGAACAAGGGCUAUAUCACCAAGGAAGAGUUUCGAAAACAAAUGGACAAUGGAUGUCAGCCUUCUUUGUUGUCCAUUGAAGAUCCUCUCACUCUAGGCAAUGACUUGGGUCGUGGAUCAUAUGCUGUUAUGCAAGUGAAACAAGCUUUUGAGUUUUCCUUUCGCACACUCACAAAUGCAAUCUUUCAUCUCAACUUUAAUGGGAAUCAACCAAGCCUCCUGUCCCUCAUUGUGUAUGUUCCCUACGACAUCAUGGAAUACAGGAGAAUGGCCGUUGCAAAAGUGGAGAGACUACGUUAGCUCCACAACUGAUACAAGUAACUUGCAACAUCAGAAUGGUGGUUAUUGUUCAACAUCAUCUGCUUGUAGCACAGAUUCUUGUUCCGAUGCAACACCUGAUGCACGUUACAACUCGUCAGAAAGUUCUCUCUGCACAACAGACUCGGACUCGGAGAGUUUGUUGGAAGACCUUUGCUCCCCGAUCCCUCGACGACCCGUCGUUCACUCCAAGUCCUCUGACUGCUUGUCCUCCCUCGGAGAUC